AUGCGUACCAAGCCUAGUCCAAUCGGCAACGUUAAAGCGCUCAAAAGAUCGCUCGAAGCCGUUUCACAAACUGGCGACAUCGACGUCGAAAAGAAUGGCGACUAUUCCAUCGACAACGAAGAGUGCCUUCCCUUCGAAUACAAGGCAGUUUUGGGCAAAGGCGGAAGUGCUUUCGUGCAAAAGGUGCAACACAAGACCACGAGAGCAGUGUUUGCAAACAAAGUGGUUGCAUUCCCUCGCGAGAAGGCUAAAGGCAGAGACCAGGCGAAAGGACGAUACUACAACGAGCUUGCAAUCAUUCGAAGUCUCAAAGCUCAUCGGCACAUGAUUGAGCUGUUUGCCACAUACAGGACGCCCCGAUCAGGUGCCUUGAUUCUACGUCCAGCUGCGGACCAAGGCGAUUUGCAACAGUACCUCGACAACUACGCCGACGCACUCGAUGAUCACACGACAGCAUCCGCUAGUGUAGCUAGAAUGACUAAAGUCUUGGAGCAGGCCUUUGGAUGCUUGUCAAGUGGUCUUGCGUACAUGCAUGGGAUGGGCAUUCGCCACAAAGAUAUCAAACCAGGGAAUAUCCUAGUUCAUCAAGGCGUCGUUAUCUACACUGACUUCGGCGCAUCAAAGGACACUAUAAAGGAUGGACAUAAUACCACAGAAGGAAAACCUGACUUCUUGACACGGAAAUACUCGGCACCUGAAGUGCUCGAGUACGAGAAGAGGAACUUCUCUGCAGAUGUUUUUUCUUUGGGUUGUGUGUUCGUUGAGAUACUUUUACGCUUGUGUGGCUUGACAGAACAGGAAAACUUGAAGGCUGAGGGCUACUCAGGCAUCUUGAAUGCGCUCCAUACUCAACUUGCCUCCGCAGAACUCCCUUCAAGCGUUUCGUGUCUUCGCGAAAUCGUCGUUUCAAUGACACUGACGGAAGCUACGGGUCGUCCUGGCUCUACAAAGGUGAAUUCGAGCCACCAGCUCGAGGACCACCAACUCCAGGUUCACCAGCUUCGGAACCAACAGCUCCACAGCGGCAAUCACGAGCUCAACUUCAACCACAACCACAAACUUCGCAAUCACAGCCUCAAUUUCAACAACUGCGAUCGCCUACCCCACAACCCAAAACUUCUCAAUCACAGGCUUCACGGCUAG